CACGUGUCCCAUAGAAGACAGUAGAGGAAUAUACUGCUAUUCCAGAUCUCCCCACCUUGAGGACUUCAUAUCCCAGGCUGGAUGAAGCAUUCUCCGUGGACCCUGCCGUCACACAUCCUGACCCACAGCAAGUUGAUGAGCAUGAUGAGCAGAUGUUUUCUAUUUAGUGAUAUAUGACAACACCGGCCUUAUGAGAUUUGGGUCAGCUUCUGACGUUGAGCUCAGACAGAGCACAGAGUACUCCACCACAGUGGUUUCCUUCAUGUCAGGCCACAGUCAGCCAGCAGGUUGGGCAGCAAGCAACAGCAAUGACAAUAACGUACUCCCGCCGGGUUGCUGAUGCAGGUCUGGGAACCUUCUUUCACCUGCUCCUUCGAUGGAGGGGUAGCAUCUACAAACUCCUCUACAGAGAACUGGUCAUCUUCACUCUACUGUACUACUUCUUCAGUAUUCUUUAUAGGUUUGUGUUGAAUGACACCCAGAAGAGGCUGUUUGAGAAGCUGUCCAUAUACUGUGACCGCUAUGCAGAGCUCAUCCCCGUGUCGUUUGUGCUGGGUUUCUAUGUCACCUUGGUCGUGUCUCGUUGGUGGGGCCAGUUUGAGAAUGUACCCUGGCCGGACCGCCUGGCAGCAUUAGUGGGUGGUCAUGUUCGUGGAGCUGACGAGGCCUCCAGGCUGACCCGGCGAACUCUGAUGCGAUACGCCAACCUGUCUGGCAUACUUAUCUACCGCUCAGUCAGCACAGCUGUCUACAAAAGGUUUCCCACCAUGGAGCACCUGGUGCAGGCAGGUUUGAUGACAUCAGAGGAGUUGAGGCACUUGGAGGACUUGCCCUCUCCUCAUAACAAGUUCUGGGUACCCUGCAUGUGGUUUGUCAGUCUGGCUCUGAGAGCCCGCAUGGAGGGUCGCAUCAAUAACGACGUGGCACUCUCAGUCAUUCUCACUGAAUUGAAUAGUUUGCGGGCAAGGUGUAUGAAGCUGUAUGGUUAUGACUGGAUCAGUCUCCCUCUUGUCUAUACUCAGGUGGCAACAGUGGCAGUCUACAGCUUCUUCCUGGCUUGUUUGAUUGGUCGCCAGUUCUUGGAUCCAGCUCAGGGCUACCCUGGUCAUGAUCUGGACUUCUACCUGCCUGUGUUCACCCUGUUGCAGUUUUUCUUCUAUGUUGGUUGGCUGAAGGUAGCUGAGCAACUCAUAAAUCCCUUUGGCGAAGAUGACGAUGACUUUGAAACGAACUGGCUUGUUGAUCGCAAUUUGCAGGUGUCCUUGUUGUCUGUGGAUGAGAUGUAUGACAGCCUGCCCUUGGUUGAGAAGGAUAUGUACUGGAAUCAGUCUGAACCUCAGCCUCCCUACACUGCUGCCAGCGCUGAACAUCGUAAGCCCUCCUUCAUGGGCUCAGCACUGGAUAUCAGUGUUCCUAAGGAGGAGAUGGAGUUUCAGUCAAACCUUGAGCAGAUCAAAGAAAAUGAGGAAGCCAACUACUCCACACCGUUGCUUGGAGGACUGGGUCGUCUUCUUGGUGUCCAGUCCCCAAACUUUCCUCGUUCCUCCAGAGUCUCUCUGCUACGCCGCCGCCCUGGAGCUCCACUAAGCCGCUUCCCUCUUUACCUACACUCAGAGGGUCCAUCAAGUCUGAGUCAAGCCUGCCAGCCUUUGAACCAGGAGCAGGAUCCAGACUAUGCCUUCUCCACCACUCCCUUGUAUGAGAGGCCAGGUUUCUACAGCUGCCCACAAACACCCAUCCACUGCGUGCCUCCUGCGGUGCCUCGUCCUCGCCCCCACCGAAAAACCCAAAAUGAGUGGAAUCGCAGCUGCAGCUCCCUCGCACCUCCAAUGGUGGGAUCACCGCUGCCGCCCCCUGACACCCCCAACCACGUACCCCCACCACCGUCCUCUGCUUUCCCCUGGCUGAGUCAGGAUGGUGAAAUGCAUAGUUCUCCUACAUUCUCCUUCCCUGAUCCUCCACCUGAACUCUGCCCGAUAUCUAAACUCAGACCAGGACACGGCCUGCUGUCUCGCCGCCCUCCACCUCCUCACCUUACUCUGGACAACCUCCCCUCAGCUGACAGCCAGCCCGGACCCCCAAGUGCUCAGGUGACAGGAAGUGGAGGAGAAAGGGUAUUCUCAUUCACUCCUCCCUCCUACACAUCCACAGCAAAUUCUAUUAAUCCCAACAACAGCUCUAGCAGCAUUAAUGCAACAAGCACUAACAGCGCAGGCACACCAGGAAACCUAUGCAACGGUACAAGUCAGUAGUUUUAGCAACCAUG